AUGGUAAGAGAGCCCUUUGUGAGGGCUUUGAAACUGGCCUUGACUUGCUUGAUGAGACCUCUAAAAGGGGUGGCAUAUGUUGAUGCUAAAAUUAUAGUUGAAGCUGGUGAGUUUGAGAGAAGCCUGUGCCAUGACAUUUAUGGUCACCAGUUUUGCGUUGGUCCACUUUUAACCACUAGCGAAAGCAAAAGCGAACACGAGUGUCUGACUUGGCUUGACUCGCAACCAACCCGCAGUGUUUUCUUUCUUUGUUUCGGCAGCUUGGGAGUCUUUAAUUCGCGGCAGUUAAGGGAAACGGCUAGUGGGUUGGAGAAAAGUGGCGUUAGGUUCUGGUGGGUGGUGCAUCCUCCCCUGGCUGACAGUCAAACUCAAGCUGGGAAGUCAAGCACUCCAAAUGAGCCAUGUUUGGAAUUACUUUUGCCAGAAGGGUUCUUGGAGAGAACCAAAGAUCGGGGAUUUCUAGUGAAUUCAUGGGCACCACAAGUUGAAAUACUCAACCACGGCUCGGUUGGAGGGUUUGUGACUCAUUGUGGAUGGAAUUCUUUACUUGAAGCCCUUUGUGCUGGGGUGCCAAUGGUGGCUUGGCCUCUGUAUGCAGAGCAAAGGAUGAAUAGGAUUUUCUUGGUUGAGCAAAUGAAGGUGGCUCUAGCAUUUAGAGAAGCCGAGGACGAUCAGUUUGUCAAUGCGGCCGAGCUGGAGGAGUGUGUGAUUGAGCUGAUGAACUCGAAGAAAGGUGAAGCUGUUCGAGAAAGGGUUCUGAAACUUAAAGAGGAUGCAGUGGAGGCGAAGAGUGACGGAGGAUCUUCUUGCAUAGCCAUGGCUAAGUUGGUGGAUUCUUUUAAUAAUUGUAAACCGCGGGCUUGAAACCAUUAGUGUUCAACAAUGGGAUCUAUCUUGUUUGCUGAUCAUUUUUACAUAAACAUGAACUUUCAAUAUGUAAUCUUUUAAAAGAAAAGUAAAUUCAAAUUAAGUUC